AUGCUCAACUUCAAACCCACUCCUCACAAAGUCGUCCAUCCCAAUCGAACAAUAACAACAUCCUCCUCAAUAAUCAAACUCAUCCUCUUAUGUCUCCUCAUCUUCACCCUCCUCACACCGUGUCUAGCAGACCGCAGCGACACCAAAAUAGCCAACGCCACCGUGACCUACGACCGGGACACACCAGAUGAGAACCUCACCAUGAUCUGGGACUGGGAUAUGGCCGAGACUGUGAGGGUUUCUGCGGGGCAUAGUAGGGUUCUUUCGAAGCCUCUGGGAAGGAAAGGGAUUAUUGUUCUGGGUGCUGGGGUUGUUGGGGCUUUUUUGGGUUGGUGA